AUAUAAGAAAUUGGUUUUCCAACAUAGAACAGCAUGCUAGCGAAGGCGUUAAUAAAAUUCUCAUUGGAAAUAAAUGUGACUGGGUUGAGAAAAAGGCAAUUACUAAGGAACAAGGUCAGGCACUCGCCGACGAAUUUAAAAUCAAGUUUUUAGAAACUAGUGCCAAAGCUAACAUUAACGUGGAAGAGGCAUUCUUUACUUUGGCCAGGGACAUUAAGAAGAGAUUGAUUGAUACACAUACACCUGAGCAACCAAAAGUUCCAAAUGACGGCAAAAUUAGUAUAGAAAACAAAUCUAGAUUUACUAGUG